AUGACAUCAAAUAGUGGCGACGAAAACUCUUCGACGGAUGCAGUGGCUACACACAUGACAGUAGAAGACGUUGGAAAGGUGGAAGACUUGCAAAUAGUGGGAGAAAAACGUCAUGAACGUGAUGAAGAUAUGACAUCGCUGUUACCGACUGUUCCGGAUACUGAAGUUGAUGACGGAGCCGCUUCACAGGACUCACAGGCCACGCAGGACGACGACAUUCACAAUGUUGUGGCUACAAUGAAAGAGGCGGUAGGAGUUGACGUGGUUUUUGAUGCUGCAGCAGCAGCUGCUGCCGUUGUCCCGCUCCCAGAAAUUAUGAAGACAGAAUCGUCUACGCCGGUACAAGACGCAGUGGCAGCUGCAGCGGCUGCUGGCAUUGGCGUAGACCCGAACGGCAUUGCCAAUGUCAAGUUUGACAGCAAACGGAUGGCGCGUGUGUCGUUUAAUUCGUGGUUUGAUUUCGACUCGUACUUUGAAUUGUACAUGCAAGAGACAUACCAGCCGUUUCGUAUGCGCUCGUCCUGUAGUGUCGAAGCUUAUCGUCGUAAUCAACAAAAGGUUAUGCUGAACAAUAAAAGCUCACGUGGACGUCGAGCUGAGUUCCCGGACGAAGCGAUACACCACCAUCGGAUAUACAUGUGCACACAUGCAAUGAAGGCACGUUGCCGUGGUGCUAAUACCCGUCCCGGGCAAAAGUACCGUGGUAUUGGCUGUAUGGCGAAGAUUAAUGUCAAGAUUACGCCAGCAGACAACCCGUCCAAGUAUAUGGUGAUUGUUACUGAUCAGGUGGUGUCGCACAAUCACCCGGUAAGCCGUGAGAUCUACGAGGCGUACCCAGACGUGUUGCUUAAGAUGAUGCGACGUAGUCAGCUAUCCCAAUCGAUGCUCGGUCAUCCACCUCCACCAAAAUUCGAGACGCCUCAACAAACGCAAAAGUACGAGCGGGCUAUGAAUACGUUCCAGUCUGUAGCAGAGACCAUGGCUCGACUUAGCGACGAGGACUAUGAAGCACAACUUGGUCAGUUGCAACGGCUCUAUACCCCUACUACGGAGCAAGAUCAAACGGUCUAA